CCAAGCGCACAAGAGCCUGCUGAAGUGCACAACAACUCAGCAACUCGACUCAAACACACAGAGCACAGAAGCACACAAACACACAAGCACGCACUCAACACGCAAGCACGCAGGCGCACUGCGUCGCUGUCAAUCACGCGCCUUGCCUGAUCCACCAACCACAACAACCUCAAGAAGAGAAAACUAUUCAAGCCUCAAGACAGCUUCCCUAGCUUCCAGUCCGGCGAGCUGUCUCCUCUCCCCCCUCAAGUCUCCCACACCUCCCACACAAACACGACAGCGACAAUGACGACCACCUCCUCCUCCUCUUCCUCCCCCUCCUGCAAUCUCCCCCAGUUCCUCAUCACCAUCGUUGCGCUUUCCUGCACCUUCGUUUCCCUCGCCAGCCUCCUCAGCGCCACUGCUGCUGCUGCUGCUGCAGAAACAACAACAUCCACAGCAACCACCCUGCCCAAGAUCGAGGUUGACGACAGCAACACAAACUUGGUGCUUGCAAGCAGGCUUGGGUUGAUCAUUCAAGUCGGGACAGAGCUGGAAUCCUCAGAGGAAGGGGUGAUGAACGAUGACGAUGAGGGGCAGGAGCAAGCACCAAGCGUCGUCUCCGUCUUCCUCGGUGGCGUGGAUCUGGUGGCCGCGCUAUCUGACAUUGCCGAAGGUGCUGAAGCUGUGCUUCUGGCUGCUCGCAACUACGACGACCCACAAGCCCCAAAUAACGCCGUGCCUUCGCUCCUGGCCAUGACAGACCUGGCCCCACCGCUGCCCCCAACAACUCCCCCGCUGCUCCAUCCGUUUGUUGCCUCGGACUCGGACGGAUACCUCCACAUUCAGGCAACGACAGGGAGCGUGUACUUCCCCGCAGAUGCGCUGCUCGUCAACAACAACGUCAACCUCACGGCCACCCUCACCUCCCUCGCAGGCAGCGUGCUGGAGCUGAAGGGGCGCCUGAGCUUCCUGACCGGCGGUGCCACCAACGUACCAAUCGCUCCGUUCUCCUUCGCGACACCCCCGUGGCCCCGGCUUUCGCGAUCACCAAGCGGCAACGACAUUGGCCUUGAGGACGACGCUCUUGACCAGGGCGGCUUGGUUGCGGACGGCGACGGGAACCUGUUCAUCCUUCCCCACGACAUGCAACAUGGCCGCGUUGAAGUGAACGUGGGCGACCUUGGCGAUGACAGCGCACAAGCCGAUGACAGCGACAGCGACCCCGGCAUAUUCGCUGUCGGCGGUGUGAAUGUCCUCGGCACCCUCGAUCGCGUGCGCUCCGCGCUGGACGAGGCAACGGAGCGCCUCUUUUCUUGCAAGAACACGACGACAGCCACCCUCGACUGUUCAGACACCAUGUCGCGGGAGGCCAUUUCAACAUCGCAGUACUGCGGGGUGCAGGCGGUUGCGCACUGCUGCUGCCCCACAUUUCUGACCCUGUCGCGUGUGGUACAGGACGUGCAUGUGGAGCGCACGACGCAGGCGCUCGAGUUUGGCAAAAUCACCGAGAUUGGCGGCUCCAUCUUGGCCCGCUUCUCGGAUGAGCCGGGCCUCAUCUCCAGCGUGGACUUUGGCGGCCUACAGCGUGUUGGCCGCCACGUCGAUUUUGGUUACAACGCCAUCACGUCCUUGGACUUGGGCGGCGUUCGCAGCAUCGGUGGCAAACUGGACCUGUACAAGAACCUGAUCGAGGUCAUUGACUUUGGUGCGCUCACGUCGCUCGGUGACUUCGUGCUGAGCCCAAGCAAAGUGACCACGCUCUCCUUCAAGAACGUGCUCCGCAUCGGGCAAAUCUACAUGUUUGAGAACGCGCUGCAAGCUCUUGACUUUGGCAACAUCACCACCAUCACCGGCACCGUGAACAUCCGCGACCACGACAUGCAGUCACUCAGCUUCAGGCCCGUUCAACGGGUGGGCGGCAUCGACUUGAGCCUAGGCGCCUCGUUGACGUCACUUGACAUGGCAACCGUGAUCCGCGUCGAUACGUUCAUUACGCUGGAUCAAACAAAGCUGCAACAACUCAACUUUGGCGCCCUGCGGUACAUUGGCGGGUCGCUGACGCUGUCCAGGAACCAUCUGUAUGAGAUUGAUUUCGGCCUGCUGGACUAUGUCGGCGAGAACAUUGCCCUGUCCAACAUGCUUGCCCUGGUUGCAAUCACGUUCGGAAAGCUGCGCCACGUCGAGGGCUCGCUCAUCUUCACAGACACGCAGCAAAUGCGGGAGCUGGUCCUGGAGCCUGUGCAGUCGAUUGGCAACAACCUGCAGAUCAUGCGCCACGGUAGCCUGAGGGUGGUUCACAUGUCCUCUCUCACGCGCGUCGGCGGGGAAGUGCGCCUGGCCGUCACUGGGCUUGACCGUGUCCACUGCGGCAGCCUGCAGCACGUGGGCCAGUCCUUCAUAGCUCGCGCUCACCUGGCACUCGCCUCGCUCAACUGCAGUCAGCUGACACAAGUUGGGAAGAGCUUUGAUGUCAGCAACUCCUUGCAGCUGACCAGCGUGGAUCUGAGCAGGCUUCAGCGCGUCAAUGACAGCCUCCUGCUUGCGAGCACAGGCCUAACCACACUGGCUGCGCCCCGCCUGCGUGUGGUGAACGCGAACGUGCUUGCCCGAAACACCAUGCUGCAGCACGUUGACUUCAGCAGCCUGGAGGAGGUGGGCGGCUCCCUGCAGCUGGGUGGCAAUUCAUUGCGCAACCUGACCCUGGGCAGGCUCCGCAGCGUGCAAUUGGGCAUUGUGCUGUCUGGAGGCAAGCUGGAGUCCAUUGACGUCUCCACGCUGGAAUUGCUCACGGGCGGGCUGUUUCUGGACGGCAACCACCUCACCAGCAUCGCCUUUGGACCACUCACACGUGUCAAGGGCGCGCUGCGGCUCGAGGAGAAUCGCCUGACGCACGUGGACUUUGGCGCCAUUUCCCAGGUGGACGGUGACCUGCGGCUGGACGGGAACCUGUUCACGACCAUAUCGUUGGCAAAUAUUACCCACAUCAACGGGCAGCUGAACUUGAGCAACAGCCCCAAUCUUGUCAGCAUCACGCUUGGGCCAGGAAAUCUUACGGUGCUUCACAGCGUGAUUCUCACGAAUACCCCGCUACUAUCACUGUUUGAUUGCCAAGGCAAACUCACAGCCACGUGCGUGGACAUCUUGCCACGUCACACCACGCUCAUGAAUUGUCCCCCGCCAUGCUAAGAAGGGGUGUGUUGUGGGUGGGGUGGGGGGAGGGUUGCAGUGUGAGAAA